CAAGUUUUGUCCGGAGGGCCCGUAUCGCCAUUGCGGGGUUAUCGUAAUUCGUCAACAUGGCAAGAUUCCACUGGGUAAUAUCUGCCUCUGCACUCCUGGCAUUCACCUGCAGUGUAGUUGCCCCUCCUCCAAGAAAGCAGCCAGAGCCCAAACCAGCCCCAGAUGAUGACCCAAACCUCAAUGAGGCUACUCUGGGCUUGGAGUACAGAAGCUACUUAGAAGAGAUCGUCAAAGUACUAGAAGAGGAUCCUCAGUUUAAAGUUAUACUUGAUAAUGCGACAGAACAAGAAAUAAAGUCGGGUGCGGUGGCCGACAAACUGCACGUGGUCGACCCGUCCAUCCGCUCCCGACUGGACGAACUCAAACGGAUAGAGCUGGAGCGGCUGCGGCGGAAGGCCACCGAGGCCUACGAGCUGUCCAACGGGCUGGACCGCGAGGCCAUCAAGGAGCCGCUGCAUCUGGAGCACCGGAACCCGCACACCUUCCGGGAGGAGGACCUGCGCCGACUGGUCAGAAAGACUGCUCACGACCUUGAAGAGUUGGACCGCAAGCGACAUGACGAGUUCAAGAAGUAUGAAAUGGAAAAGGAAUUUAACCGUACCCGGGAGUUAAAGAAGAUGGACAAACAGCACCGAGAAGAGGCCGAGAAGAAACAUGAAGAGGAGGUGAAGACGCAUAAACAACAUGAAAAGGUGCACCAUCCUCUCAGCGAGGACCAGCUGGAGGAGGUGUGGGAGGAACAGGAUCACAUGGACAAGGACAGCUUCGACCCGGAAACCUUCUUCAGGAUGCACGACGUGGACGGUAACGAGCAGCUGGACCCGGUGGAGACGAUGGCACUCUUCAAGAGCGAGCUGGACAAGUUGUACAACAGCAGUGACGCCGACCCGCGCGAGCGGGAGGAGGAGAUGAACCAGAUGCGCGAGACUACCUACAAGGAGGUGGACACGGACCAGGACGGACUUAUCAGUUUGGAAGAGUUUAUGGCCAGUACUAAACACGAGGACUACAAGCACGACCAGGGCUGGGAAGGCAUUCCGGACCGCGAGCACGAGUUUGAACAGAAGGAGUUUGACGAGUACGCGCACCACCGUGAAGAAGAGCUGGGCGAGGAGGACCACCACGAUUCGGAGGAGCACCAUGACGACCAUCCUGAGGGACACCCUGACCAGCCGCAGCUGAGCCUGCCCAUUGGAAACCCGCCGCAGCCGUACCACCAGCAGCAGCAGCAUGGACAGCCGCAGCAGCAGCAGCUGUACGCCAGCCAGCAGCAGGGUAUACCGCUCCAGCAGCAGGGCGUCCCUGUCCAGCAGCACCAGGGCACGUACCAGCAGGGAGUCCCCGUACAACACGGAGUGCCCGCACAGCAGCAGUACGGGGCUCCACCACAGCAGCACGGGGCUCCCGUGCCACAGCAAGUGGUGCCCGGCCAACAACAGUACGGCGCCCCGCCGCCUCAGCAAGCGGCGCCUAUCCAGCAACAAUAUGGAGCUCCCGUGCAACAGCAGGCAGCUCCCUCACAACAUGGAAUCCCGGCACAACAGCACGGAAUCCCAGCACAACAGCACGGAAUCCCGGCACAACAACAUGGAAUCCCGGCACAACAACAAGGAAUCCCGGCACAGCAGCACGGAAUCCCGGCACAGCAAGGAGCUCCUGUGCUACAACAGGGAAUACCAGGUCAGCAACACCACUAGCAGCUUGAUCUGCACUUGUUUCAAUGCAGUUUACCAGUGAUUUUAUCAUGACCAUUGACCAAAGCGAACAAACGACAUUUGCGACAUUACGAGCUUAACGUAACCAUACGUAACGAAAUAUGACUUCUUAUAUUUGCAUCCAUCGCUACUGCUUCGCGAGCUUCACGAUUCACCUGGAGGUCGGAAAAUCUACCCAAGUGUCAAAUCUAUCAAAUCUACGGAAAAUCCACCAAGUCAUUCCACGUAGCGUCCGUAGUGAAGUAGUCAAGUGAAACGCAAAAUAUGCCAUGGCACGAAGUUAUCCUAAUGUACGGAGUUUCUACCUCGCCUCUGUGAUAAAAGAACGAAUCUCAACCGGGCCAGAUAUUACAGACGUGUUGCAUGGCUGCUCUCAUUCCUAAU